CCGGAUGUUGUUGAACCCUCUGUUGCGUUCACUGACACUUGCCGCUUAUCACGUUUCUAGUAUUCUCCACGUCUAGAACUUUCCUGUAACAGUCAGAAACACAGACCGCAUUCGGGGCGAAAACUCAUGGCAGCCGAACGCAGCUUCAGUGAUAGCUUCAUUGACGAAGAUCCCCAGAAAGCCCUGGAGGCUCUUAAUGAGGCCCUGGAAGGAGAUUGUGACAAUGCUGAGUGGUUCUGUCAGCGCGCCUAUGCCCACAUACUUCUGAAAAACUACAGCAGUGCCGUUGAUGAUGCAAAGAAAGCCCAGCAGCUAAAACCCAGCCUACCUUUAGCCUUCAUGCGAACAGGAAUUGCAGAGUACCACCUAAAAAACUACGAGUCGGCAAAUGCAGCCUUUACGCAGGCGCAGCAGCUGGACGAUUCUGACAAAUCAUGUGAAGUCUGGAUAAAGCGGUGCGAAGAGACAAUGGGGGCUCAGACACAGAACGGCAGCGUUACCACGCAGACACUAGCGACUCCACCUGUGAAGCAUGACUGGUACCAAACAGAAUCACAAGUCAUCGUCACCAUCAUGGCGAAGAACGUUCCCAAGGACGGUGUGCGCAUCAACUUCACGGAAAGAGAGCUCUCUGCUAACAUACAGAUGGCAUCGGGGGAGAACUGCGACCUCCACUUCCACCUUCUGCACCCCAUCGUCCCACAGCAGAGCAGCUUCAAGGUCCUCACCACCAAGGUGGAAAUCAAGAUGAAGAAGACGGAUGCCAUCAGAUGGGAGAAGCUGGAGGGAGAAGGACAAGAGUCCAACAUCAAACACUUCGAUCCGAAUCAGUACCCCACAUCUUCCCACUACACCCGAAAGUGGGACAAGAUGGUGCUGGACAUAAGCGAGGAGGAGAAGAACGAGAAGCUGGAGGGAGACGCGGCGCUCAACAAGCUCUUCCAGCAGAUCUACUCAGACGGCUCAGACGAGGUCAAACGAGCCAUGAACAAAUCUUUUAUGGAGUCUGGUGGGACGGUCCUGAGCACCAACUGGGGCGACGUGGGGACGAGGAAGGUGGAUGUGAAGCCUCCAGAUGACGUAGAGUUCAAGAAAACCUGCACCGACGACCGUCUUGACUUUUCUGCCGAUGGCUCAACUCCUGUCGCUCCGUCAGUCUGACUCAAGCUUCGCUGUAAAUAAAAGAUUUCUUGUUUUGUCUCUAAAUCAGUUUCCUGUAUUGUUUCGGCCAGUUUUGUCUGGAAUCGGAUGGAAAGUGUCUGAAUGUUUCACUCUGACUCAAAGAUGGCAGAACGCUGUGACGGGAUUGGAGGGAGCAUGUGCUGUGAUUAUGUGCCAGCAGCGGUUGAAAUGUGGUAUUACUGAUAUGAGAGCAGGCGGCUGAGAUACGGCUGACACCUUGAGGACAGGGUUUACUUAUUGCAGUGAGAUUGGUAUCGUGAAGGAAGAGCCCCCCCCACCCACCUCCAGGGUAUGUUGGCCAAGGACGAGGAUCCAGCCGAAGAUGAGGGAAGCGUUCUCUCCCACCUCAUACUGUAGAUGCUGCAGCUGUAACUGUGUGUGGGGGGGUGUCCUACCAGAGCAGGGGAGCAUUAAUAUGGAUCAGCCUCCCUAACCACAUCAUCAAGCCUCUCACACAGAGUUAAGUGUUAAAUUCAUCACACAUCGUUUCAUCUCUCCUGAUGAUCAAACAGCCAUUUGUGACUCUGGAUGGAACUCUUAGCUCUGUGACACUUUACUUUUUUCCCAUCUCACACACACACACUCACUCCACCAGUAUCCUUCACACAAACACGCCGCCCCCAUCCUUACCCCCUACCCCUGCCCGAGGCGGCUCUGCGACAUCAAAAGGAGCUAAGCGCUUUGCAUCGUGGGUAAGAUCUGGGAGCGUGACGGCUGCAGAGUCUUUAGUCUCAUUAAAGAGUUCUAGAUCCUUGACUUGCACAUUAAAAGAACUCUGGAAAACUUUCGGCUCGGGCCUUUUGGAGCGGCGGCCGGAUGAGAGGAAGAAAGGGGGCGUCGCCGACCGAACCCCGACGACAGAAGCCAGACGAAUCAUCACAUAACAUAUAUUCUUUUGAUCCGUAACGGAAUGAAGAGGCCUGAAACUUAAAAGCUUACUUUCUUGAUAUUGCACCCUGAGAAGUUUUGAAAGAAGAUAAAAUAUUUAAAUGAAAACUGAAGAAAGAUACAGCACAUUGUUUUAUUAAAAGCAACUUUGAAGACAGAGUUAAAACAGAUGGAAAGUAAGCAGAUGUUUACGGCGCCUUGCUGAGGAACUCAUACCGUCCUCCUGGACCUUUUUUACAUGUGGUCCCGUUACAACCUUUUUCUUUGGCUUUUAUUUGGGUUCAUGUGAAAGGAAAAGAAAUCACAACUUUGAGGUAAACCAUACUUUUAAUAAGAUGUCCAUAUUUAAUAUUCCUAAUAAACAAAACAUUCCGGCUGCCUUUGAAUAUACCCAACAAGGUGGAGGUUGUAUCAUGCUGUGGGGAAACUGCAAGUACCAACAUAAAACCUAUGAAUCUGUUUCAUGAAUAUGUCUGAACCUUAGGGUCAUUUCAUCUCAACCUGUCGUUAGAUUGAAGCAAGGUUAGUACAGUACUUCCAAAGCAUGACAUUG